UUUAAGAGCAGCUGCAUUGCCUGGAGAAUAGAUGCGCGCGCGUCAUGUAUCCGUCUCUAUCCUGCUCGCUUACGGAUCAUACAGCGAUGCGAUGCGCUGGACUCCUCCACAAAGCUCUGUCGAUGGAUCUGGAGUAACAGCACCGGCAUCAGAUGCAGUGACGCCUUUAUCUGAGUGGUUUGCCAGGGCACUGGCAUGGCCUUGUAAUGAAUGGCGACGGGGCUCCCAGCAGCCUGGAGCACUCUUCCUGCACGCUGCCCGACUGGAAGGAGUUCUGUGAGCUUCACGCUCGAGCUUCCGCCACCGAUUUUGCCUACAAGUUCCGGCGAUUCAUCAGCGAGAACCCAUGCUACGACUCGGCCGGUGCUGACGCCAGCUUCUCACAACACUUCGCUCAACACUUCUUGACCUGCUUCUCUGCCGCCCUUGACCAAGGUCCCAGCUCUCCGGGAGACUCCUCCGCUCCGAAGUACAGCAUUGUGCCCUUCGUGGGCAUACAGAGCUGCACGCUGCCCCUCAGCCACAACCUCUACCAUCGGCGCAAAGACGUGGGGGCCUCGAGCGAAUCGCUGGAUAGCAUGGACAGCGGAGGGGGCGGAGCCAGCGGACAGGAACAGCAGACCCCCACCCGUAAGAUGCCAACCGUGAGCCAAUCCAGGAGUUCGGAGGAUGUGUCAUUGGGGCGACGCAAGGCUCGAUUCAAGAAGGGCUUUUCCCUCCGCAACAUGAGUCUGAGCGUGGUGGACGGGGUGAAGGAGAUCUGGCACCGCAGGGCUUCUCCAGAACCAGACCCCUCGGGGAGCUCCAGGAGGACCAAUGGAGCCGAGUCCGUGGGGUCCGAACACUGGAGCCAGAAGCUGCGGCUGCCGCGGGGCUCCCAGGGCCAUAAAGUGGAGCUGCUGGAGAUCCAGAGGGAGGGUGCGCUCCGAUACAUGGUGGCUGAUGACACUAACUGUGUGGGGGCGGCGCAGUGGCAGAAAUGCAGGUUGCUGUUGAGGAAGACCGCUGCACAAGUGGACGCAGGAGAGAAGUUCCAGCUUGAGUUCUACGUUCCACCAAAGACAUCUAAACCCAAAGUGAGCAUCCCUCUGUCUGCUAUCGUGGAGGUGAGGACCACCAUGCCUCUAGAGAUGCCUGACAAAGACAACACAUUCGUGCUCAAGGUAGAAAAUGGUGCUGAAUACAUUUUGGAGACCAUCGACUCUCUGCAGAAGAACUCGUGGGUCGCUGACAUCCAGGACUGCAUUGACCCCGGGGACAGCGGGGAUGACAUCGAGCUGGCGUCGUGCGCUCACAGCCAGCCGCACAAGGACUUCUCGCUGGUGUCCUCCUGCAGCUGCGAGCGGCUGUGUGACGGUUCACAUCGGGAGUCCGAGCGGCUGAGCUGUGUUGCUGCUGAUCAGUCGACUGCUGGCUGCUGUCAGGAGCCGCCCGUUACCCAGCACCCCUCACAUGUCCCGCUAGAGCACUUCCUGCAGUCACCAGAGGCCCAGAACACUAACACACCAUCAGGAAGCCCAGGUGAAACCCCAAGGGAAGUGGAAGGAGAUGCCAGUUUGGCGGGUUACCCAUGGUUCCACGGGACGCUGUCACGGGUGCGGGCGGCCCAGCUCGUUCUCGCCGGCGGCGCACGGAGUCACGGUCUGUUUGUGAUCCGCCAGAGUGAGACGCGUCCCGGAGAAUACGUCCUCACCUUCAACUUCCAGGGCAAAGCCAAGCACCUGCGGUUGUCUGUGAAUGACAGCGGUCAGUGUCACGUUCAUCACCUGUGGUUCCAGACGGUGGCUGAUAUGUUAGGACACUUCCACGCUCACCCCAUCCCACUGGAGUCCGGCGGCUCCACCCACAUCACGCUACGCUCAUACGUACAGGUCCAGCGCUCGCCCACAGGUACCCAGACACACACCUGACUGCACCGCACUCUUUCCAGUGUGUGUUGGCCAGUGACUACGUACAUGUAACUAAAUUACCUCAUUUAAUUACAAAAGAAAUGUCAUCGUAAUCAGUCACAGUUACUU